AAACCAGGCCGUGGGGUUCGGUUCACCAAAAAAUAUGAGACCUAAAUUACGUGACGGCGGGUUUUCUUCCCUCUUCCUCCUCCCAAAAAUCUCAGGGAGAUGGUUCUCUCGAACAAAAAACUGAAGCAAAAACUUCGCUCUCUCCUCGCUCAACAAUCAAUCUCCGCCUCAGAGUCUAAGAAAUCACACAAGGAAUCGUCGGAAUCAGGCAUCAACGAAGAGCUCCAGAGCAUCAAAGAGCUAUUGAUCUCGAAAUCUCGAAAGAAACCCAAGUCAGGGAAUCCAAGGAAACGAAUAAAGAAGGCACCUUUGGUGGAGAAUCCAGAGGAUGAUGAAGGGAGCGAAGAAACCCACAAUGGAAAUAGCGAGAUUUCACUGAAAGAGGAGGUAAAGAAGAAGAAGAAAGAGAAGAAGAAGGAGAAAGAUGAACAGGGAAUCGAGGGUAAGAAGAGGAAGAGAGAGGAGGAGAGUGAUCGAGAGUUAAUCGAGGAGAGGAAGAGGAAGAAGAGGGAAAAGAGGGAAAAUAGACAGAAGAAGCAGAAGAAAGAGAAGGUUCAGCCUGAGGAGGAGAAGUUUCAGAAGGCUAGCGAGAUUGUCGAGAAAGAGAGAAACCAGAAAAUUGUUGAGGAGCCAGUCAAAAUCGAUGAAAGUGAAACUCAGAAGCUGAUCAAAAUCGAUGAAAGCAGUGAAACUAAGAAAGUAUAUGUUGGAGGCAUCCCAUACUAUUCGUCUGAGGAUGAUAUAAGGAGUUUCUUUGAAGGUUGCGGCACUGUUACUGAAAUGGACUGCAUGACUUUCCCUGAAAGUGGCAAAUUUAGGGGAAUUGCUAUUCUUACUUUCAAGACUGAAGCUGCGGCUAUAAGGGCCUUAGCUCUUGAUGGUGCUGAUAUGGGUGGAUUUUAUUUAAAGAUACAACCAUAUAAACCCCAACAACGCCCUCAAAAACCCCUAAAGCCAGAAUUCACUCCAAAAAUUGUGGAAGGCUACAACAGAAUCUAUGCAGGAAACUUAUCAUGGGACAUCACCGAGGAUGACUUAAAGCAACUUUUCUCAGAUUGCAAAGUUUCCAGCAUAAGGUUUGGCACAGACAAGGAGACAGGAGACUUCAAAGGGUACGCUCACGUGGACUUUGAGGACCAUGUUUCCCUCACGAUUGCAUUGAAGCUUGAUCAGACGGUUGUAUGUGGUCGACCAGUGAAGAUUAGCUGUGCAGUGCCGAAGAAAGGAGUGGAGUUGGAUUUAGAGAAGAAGUCUGAAGAUGUUUCAAAUGUUGGAAGUUCGAAGAAGAAGAGGAGAACUUGUUAUGUUUGUGGAGUUCCUGGCCAUCUUUCUUCAGCUUGUCCGAAGAAGAAGAAGAGUGAAGAUGUUGAUGAAGUAGCAAAGAAAGGAGUGCAGAUACAUUUAGAAGAGAAAUAUGAAGAUGUUUCGAAUGUUGGAAGUUCAAAGAAGAAGAGGAGAACUUGUUAUGUUUGUGGAGUUCCUGGUCAUCUCUCUUCGGUUUGUCCGAAGAAAAAGAAGCCUGAAGAUGUUGAUGGUGCUGGUGAUGAGAGUUGAUUGUAGGUCUAAUUGUUGGUAUUUGUAACUUUAUUGCGACUUAUUUGAUAGAGGCUCUUGUUACAUUCAUUUGUUGCGAUGCAAUUGCUUCAAUCACAGAAAUUUUGUAGGAUUUCUCUCAAAUUAACUAAGAUUAGUCUGUAUGUUCUUCGUUCACAACUUCUAAAGUUUGUUAUGAGUGAUUGAUUAAAUA